UAAAAUAACAAACCCACAAAUAAAAAUGUCACAUGAAUCCGAUAUGAGGAUUAAAAAACGUGAAGUGAAAGCUGGCACCAUAAUCCAUCAAGAAAAGCCCUUUGUUUAUGUCCUUAGUUCCAAAUACAGGACUGACUACUGUGAUUACUGCUUCAAAAAGAGCCAACUAUCGAAAUGCUCAGGAUGUAAGUACGUCUUCUACUGUGGUAAAGGAUGCCAGAAAUUGGGAUGGGACAUCCACAAACACGAGUGUCGCAAUUUAGGCAAAGUGGCCCCUCGAAUCGUGCCCGAUGGAGCGAGGCUCUUGUCGAGAUUGAUUAAAAAAAUCCAAAAGGGUGGCGAUCAAGUCAGGGAGUACUAUUCAGAAACUGGUUAUCGGAUGUUCAAAGAUCUCAUGUCCCAUUACCCAAACGUUAAAAACGACCAACGACGAAUGGAGCACAUCUCCGCCCUUUACGGAGUGCUGUACGAGUUCCUCGGCAACGACCGCAUACCAAACUCGGCCGAACUGAUGGGCCUGUACGGCAGGAUGUGCGUGAACAGCUUCAACAUAUGCAACCAGGAGCUGCAAAGUUUGGGCACCGGCAUUUACUUGGCCGCCUCGAUACUCGAUCAUUCCUGCGAGCCCAACGCCCUGGCCGUGUUCGAUGGUACCACCAUACAGAUAAGGGCGUUGAAGGACUUGCCCUGUGUUGAUUGGUCUCAGAUUUUUAUUAGUUACAUUGACGUGUUGAACACCACAAAGGACAGGCAGGAGGAACUCCAGAAAACCUAUUACUUUCUUUGCGAGUGUCCCCGCUGUCUGGAACCGGAACCUAUGGCUGAAAUGACCGGGGCUGCAUGCCCUGACCCUAAAUGCGAUUUUUACAUAGAUGUCAACAUGGUACUACCCGGUGAUAAAUGCAAGAAAUGUGGAGAGGUUGUCACUGAGGAAUUUCUGGAACGGUACAAAGAAGUCAUGGAAUUUACCACGGCACAAAUAGAAAGCAUGAAGCAAUUCACAUAUUUGGAUACAUGCAAAUUAUGUUUGGACAAACAUAAAGGAGUACUUUACAGACACAACUUAAAACACGUAAAAAUACUGGACUUAGCAUUUGAAAGCAGUAUUGACUUCCAGUUAUUUAACAAUGCCAAAGAGUAUGGAUUGGAAUUAAUUGAUAGUUUUUACAAAUAUUAUGGUCAAAUACACCCACUUACAGGAUUAUUACACUUAAAGCUGGGCAAAAUUUUGUUGUAUCAUAAUGAUAUAACUAACGCAAAAAAACACCUUAACGAGGCGAGUCAUAUUUUAAAAAUCACUCAUGGUAUAACCAGCAGCAUUUAUAAAGAAGAAGUUAUGCCACUUUUGUUUCAAGUUCAUUUAGAGUAAGUUUUAAAUAAAUAUAUUUUUGCUAAUGGA